AUGCCUGCCGCCUCCACCGCCCGCAAGUCGACGCCUACGCGCAAGUCGACGCCCCGACGCGCCCGCUCUUCCUCGGUCGCCUCCAACGCCUCCACUGCACCUCCCGCCUCGCCCUCGGCCUCGCCUCGCAAGACCAAGAAGGAGAAGGAGGCCGCUGCUGCUGCCAAGGCGGCCAAGGAGAUCAAGGAGACCAAGGACGCCAAGUCCGACAUCGCACGUCCCAAGCUGCCCACCAAGAAGAACCCCAGGCUGAAAGAGGUCGACGAGGCCGUCGUCAAGCUCCAGACCAUCAAGCGCGAAGGCCACAACAUCAUCAUCGGACGCGUCAAGCUGCCCACCGUCAACGGUCAGGACCACGCCUUCCUCCUCAAGCGCUUCGACACCAACGCCAUGGCCGCCUCGUCCAUGUUCCGCCUCGCCUUCCCCUUCGCCGACGGCAACGCUGAAGCGGCCGAGAUGCAGUUCCUCGACGCAAAGUACGACACCAACCGCGCCAACGGCGGCUACAUCCUCGAGGAAGUCAAGGCGCCCGAGACGCCCAAGAAGCGCGGCCGUCCCCGCAAGAACCCCGAGACGCCCAAGAAGGACGCCGCCACCGACUCCGAGUCCGUCGCCGGCGAAAAGCAGAUCCGCGUCCUGCCCGAGGGCAGCACCGGCGUGCGUCUCCAGGGCACCUGGAUCCCCGCCGAGGACGCCGCCGACGUCGCCGAGGACUACGGCAUCGCCAAGUUCGCGCUUGCGCUCAUCCACGCCACUGCCGAGCACUCCGAGGACGGCGGUCCGCCCGUGCUCACUUCGGCGCCCGCCACCGAGGUCAAGACGCCGCGCAAGCGCCAGCGCACCUCGACAGCCGCCUCGGCCGCCUCGGACGCGGAGUCGCCCAGGCUGGUGCAGAAGGUGACGCGCGUCGAGAACGCCGACGGCACCAUCUCGCAGGUCAAUGUUGAGACGACCAUCGAGGGAAGCACCAACGGCAUCCCCGCUGCGCUCUCGCAGGCCGAGAUCGAGGCGCAAAUCGCCGAGGCCAAGGCGCUUGCUGCGGGCAUCCAGAAGCAGGCGGGUGCGGCAGGCAAGGGGGCCAGCCGCGGCCAGAAGCGCCGCGCUGUCAACGACCGACCCACCGCCGAGCUCGACCUGAUGGCCGACGACGACGACUACGCCGAGUCCGGCAGGGUGGUGCGCGCCUUCAGGAGGGGCACGCGCGUGGCGCGCAAGAGGCCGAUCGCCACGACCGCCGGUGCGCUGGCGGCUGCGGGUGCCGUGGGUGCCGGUGCGCUCGCGUGGAUCUCGGGAGGCAACCCGGACCUGGCGCUGCAGACGCUCCAGACGAGCCUGCAGAACUUGGGCCUGCAGAAUCUGCAGCAGUUUGGUGGCCAGCUUGGUGGCCAGCUCGCCUCGAUGCUGCCGUGGUAA